CAAUGCAUUGCUCAAUAAAUAAACCCCUAUCGCGCAUGUCAACGUUCUUUCCGCCAUUUUGGAUCGUUGUGUUCUCACCAAGGCUAAACGGGAAGUUUUCAGUGUCAAAAUGUCAGAGGGCAAGAUCACAGAGGUAGAGGUAAAAACAGCACCUUUUGAUCCCAGGUUCCCAUACACAAUACAGACAAAGAAUUGCUGGCAAAACUAUGUUGACUUUCAAAAGUGCUCCAAGAAGCUUGGUGAGGACAAUGAGAACUGUCAGUGGUUCAAGAGAACUUUCACCUCCCUUUGCCCCAGGGCUUGGGUUGAAAAGUGGAAUGACGAAGUAGAGAAUGGAUCAUUUGCAGGAAGAAUUUGAGCCCCAGCUCUGCCAUCACCCUUGCUCUCUUCUAUCUUUUAUAAAUUCUGUAAUUUGCUCUAUUUUAUGCUGAACGGUGAUGCAUGGCUCAGUGCUAAUGAGACGUGUAAAAUAUGUUUGAAGAUGCUUGGAAUUUGUCAGUGGUAACUGAUAUCAGUUCAAAUUAUAGUACUGUGCUUAUGAAUGUAGCGACCAUGUUAUUAUCGUACUUUAUGGUGAUAGGUUUUCGCUGAGGCUGGGAGAUUUCCCCAAAAAGGCUUAUUAGAAGUUCAUUUGCUUAUUUCCCUUCUUCGCGCUUCCACCUAACUUUCAUUAUAGUAUUGCCUAUGAUGAAAAAAUGAAUACAAAACACCGAAUAUGCUUCUGUCCAAUCCCAGGCUAUCAUUCAAAGGUUUUCUUUUUGUAUUUCUUUGCUAUUCCUAUUGAAAGCAAAAUAAGAAUACAAUCUACAAUUUAAAAAAAUGUAUAAACUAAAGCAGAACUUUGAUGAAAAAGCUAAUCAACAAUUUAGAGUAUGGGAUACGUAACUAAAACAAGUUUAAGCUUUGAUGAAAAGGUAAUAAACUUCUGAGAGUA